AUGAAGCUUAACGUCAAGACCCUCAAGGGCACCAACUUCGAGAUCGAGGCGAGCCCGGAUGCGUCGGUUGCUGAGGUGAAGAGGAUCAUUGAGACCACUCAGGGUCAGAGUACCUACCCGGCAGACCAGCAAAUGCUCAUAUACCAAGGGAAAAUUCUCAAGGAUGAGACCACUUUGGAAGGCAACGGAGUUGCUGAGAACAGCUUCCUUGUUAUAAUGUUGUCCAAGGCUAAGGCAUCAUCGAGUGGAGCUUCUACCGCUACUGCUGCAAAAGCUCCUGCAACUCCGGCCCAACCUGCUGCACCUGUAGCCCCUGUGGCCCCUGUGGCCCCUGUGGCCCCUGCUACAUCUGUUGCAAGAACACCUACACAAGCUCCUGUUGCCGCAGCUGAAACGGCACCUCCAAGUGCACAGCCUCAGGCUGCUCCUGCUACUACGGUUGCUGCAUCUGGUGAUGCUGAUGUGUACAGUCAGGCAGCUUCAAACCUUGUAUCUGGCAACAAUCUAGAACAGACUAUCCAACAAAUUCUUGACAUGGGUGGUGGUACUUGGGAACGUGAUACAGUUGUCCGUGCUCUACGUGCUGCAUAUAAUAACCCUGAGAGAGCUAUAGACUACCUGUAUUCUGGAAUUCCUGAGAAUGUGGAGGCUCCGCCUGUUGCCCGAGCACCUGCUACUGGCCAACAAACAAAUCAGCAGGCUCCAUCACCUGCUCAGCCAGCAGUUGCACCACGAUUGCAGCCAUCCGCUGCCUCUGCAGGGCCUAAUGCAAAUCCUCUGAACCUUUUUCCUCCAGGCGUUCCAAGUGGUGGGGCCAAUCCAGGUGUUGUUCCAGGUGCAGGAUCUGGUGCCCUUGAUGCCUUGCGACAGCUUCCACAGUUUCAAGCACUGCUUCAGUUGGUCCAGGCUAAUCCUCAGAUCUUACAGCCAAUGCUUCAAGAGCUAGGCAAACAAAACCCACAAAUCCUGCGAUUGAUUCAGGAAAAUCAAGCUGAGUUUCUCCGCUUGGUGAAUGAAACUCCUGAGGGUGGUCCUGGAGGAAACAUACUAGGUCAACUGGCAGCUGCUAUGCCGCAAACGCUGACAGUUACCCCAGAGGAACGGGAGGCUAUCCAGCGGCUUGAGGGGAUGGGGUUCAACCGUGAGCUUGUGCUAGAAGUUUUCUUUGCAUGCAACAAGGAUGAAGAGCUUGCAGCCAACUACCUCCUGGAUCAUGGCCAUGAGUUUGACGAGCAGCAGCAAUAG